UGAUCUCUUGUGUCUCCAAUUUCAAGAGAAUCUACGCCAAAACUACUAUGAUUUCCAACUAAUUGGUCUGUUAGUUGAGGUUGACUAUAAUGGCUCAUCUUCCUAAACAAGUUGGGGUUUCGUUAUGUCUGAUGAUUCUAAUUUUAUCAUCACAAAGUUGCUUCUCAUGGGGCUGGUGGAUCUUUGGUUCCAGCAACAAUAAUGCCGGCCGGGAACAAACCCAAUGCAGAUCUUCCUCGCCAAACCAUUAUUAUUCUUCUGAAUUCUCCAUGGAGCCUUUCGAUAGCGGGCGAGGGUUGAAAUUAGUAGAAGCUGCGGAGGAGAAGAUGUUGGCCCCUAAUUCUUGCUGGAGAAGGGCUUAUCAGAGCAUGUUUGCUGAGUGUUCUAAGGUUCUUUCCGACGAGGAACUCAAAUCCAGACUUGCUUGGCAUCUCACUGAUUGUUUCCAGCACCACUCUGGAAGGCCUCCCCUCCCUCGCUGUGAUGCAGGGUCUGCCAUGUCUAAGUGUUUGAAGAACUUGGAUGAUUCUGCCCACAGAACUUAUCUCGAAUUCUUCCUCCAGACUGACUCUAUCUGUCAUCAGUUGCAGAUGCAUGCAUUUAGGCAUGACACAGAGAGGCUGGUGAAUGAGUUGAAGAACACUGCAGAGAAUGUUUGGGAGAAGCUAGGGGACAUUGGGGAGAAAGAGGAUGAUAUACUGCAAACUUCAGCAAAAAUUCAUGACUCUUUGGCCUCGGUUGAUUACCGGACUCAGGAUCUGGAAAGGGCUUCAAAGAAUGUCGAAGCUCGUGUGAAUGAGGUGUUGAGGCAUUCAGAAUCGAUCCAUGAACAAUCCCUGGGAAUUUCUGAGUCCCAGAAGGAGCUAACUGAGGGGCAGGCAAAGAUGAAGGAGAAAUUAGCAGAGGGAAUUGCAAUGGUUCAACAGUCUUAUACUAGUUUGGAUAAAGAGAUGAAUGAGUUGAAGAAUGAGGCUGAGGAAAUAGAGAAGGAGAUUGGGAAAGUUGGAGAGGAAAUGUUUUCAAAGAUGAGAACACUUCAAGGCAAAGCUGAUGAUAUUGAGAACAUUGCAGGGGUUUCUUUGGAUAAACAGAAAGAGCUCUUGAAUGGCCAGUCUGCUGCUCUUGAAGGUAUUCGAAUUCUUAACACGUUUCUGAGCCAAGCACUCGAAGAAAGCAGGGGAACUCUGCAAAAAUUGGCUGAAAUCGGGCAUAAGCAGCAAGAUGAGCUUCUUAGAAGGCAAGAACAGCUGCAGCAAGCACAUGAUCAUCUUGUUGAAAAUUCGAAAACAAUAUUAGCAGCUCAGGAAGCCUUUGAAUCGAAGCAAGCGAGCAUGUUUGUUGCCUUGGACAAGCUCUUCGCGUUGCACAACGCCAUGCUCCUUGAAUCGCGACUGAUCAAAGCUUUCUUGGUUUACUCGAUGUCGAUCUUUCUUCUCUACAUGUUCACUAGCAUGAAGCAGACUUACAAUGUGAGGCCUAGGCUUUAUAUAGGUUUGUGUGCUACAUUUGCCAUUGAAUUAGCCAUAGUUCGAUACGGGACAUACGAGAUUGAGAAGCAAUCUUGGGUUAUAGGCAUUAUCAGAUCACUGUACAUGGUUGCAGCAUCAAUUCAACUUCUGUAUGCUAUUUGGACAUACAGGGACUAUGAAAUUUUGAACCAUCAGAUGCUGCUGACAUUGAUUGAGAAAGUGAAUGGAAUACAGAAACACAAGGAGCUGCCAUGGGAAAUGGAGAGCGAUUCAGACAGCGAGGUUAACUGGUCUUUGUGGGUUGAUACCGAAUUGCCCGAUGAUGUUGAUAAACUGGAGGACCCUGACUAUAUACUUCUUGAAGAAGUUGCAGAAAACCCAGGCAUGAACAAUGCACUAACCAGGAGAUAUAACCUCCGAAAUCGCCAUAAUAGAUUAAUGUAGUCUACCAACAUUAAUUCAUUC